GGAGGACAGAAGGGAAAAAAGACAGAAACCAAGGGAACACCAACAACUCACCUCCUAGCUAGAUAUAUUUUUGGGUAGGAUAGGCUAGAAAUCACUUUUCCGAAUAUAGUACACUUCAUAGAAAACGCUUUUGUAAGUAUUAUAUUACUCGAGUAUUUCUGCCUAUCUUCACCCUGCAAGCAACACCCCAAAACUCCCAGCCGAGCAGAACACAGAGGAGAUCUGCGCGAGACUACACCUGCCUGCCUACCUUCAUACAAUCCAACUACCGGUGCUGCGCGGACCAGUAGGGGGGGGAUAGAAAGGUUUGGGUCAAUGGACAUGUGUCGCACCCCUCACUCAAGCCACCAAACAAUGCGCACUCCCAGGCUGAGAGAAAUGUCGGAUUCGCUCUUUAUAAAAAACCCCCUCCUAUCCCGCCGCCGGUGAUCUAGUUAUUUCGCACUAUUCGACGGAUUUUGAGGGAGGAAAAGAAAAAAGGGUUCUUAGUGCGGCGUGAGGGUUUUCCGGAUUCGAUGGAUUCUAUUGAUGGAUGGAGGGAUAUCACACGGUGUAUCAUUUGGGAGGACCUACGUCGGCCGAUAUCAGAGGUGGGCUGGGAGGCUUGAGUGAUGGGUGGGGUGGUUGAGAGGUUGUUUGGUGGAGAGUUGUAUCAUACCGUCAUAGUCUACUCCCGCCCGCCGGGCAGAGAGGCUAGGGCCUUGGCGAGCGAGAGGGGAGGGGAGCGAGUGACAAAUUGGGAUUGGUGACCACUCCUUCUUCUUUGCCUUUUAUGCCUCCCUCUACAAGUACCCGAGUACUCUAAAAUACAAGUUUCUCCCGUGUGUAAGUUACCGGUAUGUGAGAUCUCUCUUCAGAGGCAUUACCGGUAUGUGCUGAUCAUCCAUACAGGGCGCGACAGGAUAGUCUACCAGCACCGGGAGCGCCAAACAUUUACUCGAGUAGAGUAUUGUUUGUGGUAAACCGGUCGGUCGGUCGGCAAUAAUCGAUUACCAGUGAGAUGUCUCGGUUUCAGCUGCAAAUCAAACACACAAUCCUUGUCUUGCCCACUAGCCAAUUAGAUACAACAGGGUCAAGGAUAUCUUGUGAUCCGGGGUGGAAGGUGACGCAAUCACCAAGAAUAUGAUCCCAACGGCCAAAGCGGGGUUCAAUCACCGUGCUUUCUUUCCCCCCACGAGAUACCAAUACCUGUACCGGUAUUAUGAUAGGAGAUUUCCCAUAAAUAAUUCUGUCCCUCCUCUUGGCGAAUUUUUCCCUUCUCUCUCAUCACCUCCUCGUCUCUACUCAUUGGAACAGAAUAAACAAACAAGCGAAUAGACAAGACAGCCAAACCGUCAACGUCAGCUCAAAUAUUCAGGUCGUACAGCCAUGGCGGGGUCGACAUUUUCCUCCCCAAUGCUUCUACCCCUGUGUCUGGUACUGAUUUACGCAGCACUCCCAGCGCAUGCUUUUGGGGCCGGGAAUAUCGCUUCGGUUUCAACGGUUGAAGGACAGAACUGGAGACAUGGUGAUAUUGAGGAUGCACUGUUGAGCAUUUCCAUGGCAGCAGUGGCCGGUGGGAAGAGGUUUAGUUUUAUGGACGUGAAGAGAGUGUACUUUGGAAACUGGUUGAGGGAUUAUUCGCAGGCGGUUGACGUUGGUGCCUUGAAAUAUGUUGAGGGACCUACGGUCAGGCUUUUGCUGUCGAUUCUGAGCUUCAUGACUUUCGGGUAUGCCACGGGAGAGUUCGAAGUUACGGACGAGAGGUUGGGAUGUUACCGGCCCGAGGAGCACAUUGAUAAUCCGAAGGAUUAUGCCGAUAACGAGGAUGCGCGGCGGUAUGAUCCUCGUCUUCGAGGACCUGUUGACGAGGCUACCGAGUUAUCCGUUGACCCUCAGACCGGAAUGAAGAAUUAUAUCGCCAAUGAGAGGAUCAGGAACUUGCGAAGCGGAGAUCCGAUGUGUACUAGCGCCGGGUUGGUCCGGCAUCUGUUCGGAAGGAGUAUCCAACUCGCCCGCAAUUACGGACAAACUGGUAACAAGGCCGAACUCUACGAAGCGCUAAGACUCAUGGGAACCGGGCUUCAUUGUUUAGAAGACUUCUCUGCUCAUUCCAACUACAUCGAGUUAGCACUUAUCGAGCUUGGCGAGACAGAUGUUUUCCCCCACGUCGGUUCCCGAACGCGAUGCGAGGUAAAUGGGAGGAUGAUAUAUCCUCUCGUUACUGGAACUUUUGGUGGCGUUGAUUUUCUACAUAGCGUUCUCGGUGAAGCUUCGGAUAAGCUUAUCCAGUCCGAGGUGGAACAACUUGAGUCUACAAUUACUGCUGCUAGUGCGCAAUCAAGCAAGGAUGGCGGCGAACACGGUAUUAUUAGGGACUUGUUGAAGCAGCUGAAGAUUGGUGGGUCGGAUGACUUGGAUGCUCAGGCAACAAAUCUCGAGCAGCAGUCGGAGGCUAAAAAGAACGAACCAUGGGGGAUUAGUAAUGGUGGAGCAGGAAUCAAGCGGGAGAUUAUGCCGUUCUUAGAAUGGCAUGACAAAAUCAUGAAGGCUAUUAACGAAGCCUUAGAGUCCAUUCCUGGACUAACUGCGCUCGUCGAGAAGCUGAGUGAGGCUGUGAGCGUUUUCGUAUUUUCGCUUCUAGCACCAUACAUUCUCCCGAUUGUAGCGCAGGCGAAGGGCGAACUGGCCAAUGGGUCCGGAGAGGUAAUCGGGGGUGCCCGCGCCAAACAGUUUGUUGUUUUCGAAGACCAUUACAGCAGUGAUCCAACUCACAGUAUGCUUUCUAAGGACCAUUUUACCAAUUUGCUAAACGAACCAGCUGGUAAGGUAGCCAGUGAAACUGUCAAAUUUGUCGUCCCCUUAUUGAUGCAAGCCUGGGACGGCAACUCGGACCCAAACUGGGUCCUUGACCAAAUCAUCCCAAUUUUUCACCACCCAGCAUUCGUGGAUGGAAGUGACGGGUGCGGUAGGCAGGAAGGACGACACAGGAUGUUCGGUAUAAUCCGGCAAUGGUGGGAGGAAAUGGACGAAUCCCGGAAGCAAUUUUACCGCCGGUCCUUGUCCGGGCAGGGUGUUGAGCAAGGAAAGAAUCAUAAGGAGGGGCACGACUCUGGGCAUGGGUGUGGGAAGCCGAUUCAUAGGACUAAGCCGAAGAACUCCGGUGGGGAAUUUUGUGGAAUUGGGGAGGAUCUGGGGAAGGCCAUGGGUGGAGCGAUUGAGCAGGCUUUGACGGGGAGUCAGAGUGGGGGUAGUGGUUUGGGAGGAUUUUUAGGCGGGGUGGCAGCAACGGCACUGGGAGAGACACUCUUGGGUGGUUCAGCGAGCGGGGGCAGGAAUGAAAGUUAUUCGGAGAGGUAUGAUGAUGGGAACGCUAGAAGUGCGGACAGGAGCUAUAGUCAUUCCGGAAGAGAGCGAGGCCAGCGGCGCGGAGAGGGGGAAUACGGAAUGCAGGUGGCCGGGGAUUCCCACGACGGGGGUAAAGGAUACGCCGCAGCUGUAUAUAGCGCUGGCGGAGAAUACGGGUAUUCGGAACAAAGGUACGGUCAAAAUUAUUCCCGUGUUCCCAUUUACGGAGGUGUGGAAUACGGAAGCGGGGACUAUGACGGCGGAGAAAGCUUCGUAGUACCGGAUCACGACCACCACCACCACCACCAUCAUCAUCAUCAUCACCAACCAGAGGGCCAUUCCCACCAUCACCACCACUACCAUGAACAACCAACUUAUGAAAGAACCGACUCCUACGGCAGUAAUCACCCUACCGACACCCCAUCGUAUUCCAGGACGUCCUCAUACGCCUCGGAAAGCAGCUACUCGGUGCCCGCUGCUGAAUAUCCCUACAUUCAUCCCCACGGCCAAUACGGUGAAUACCCUACUAACGCGUCUUACAGAACAGAGACAUAUACCCAGAGCAGCUCUUACGGCGGUGGACAAAGCUCCUACCAAACCUCUACCCGCCAAUACCCUGGUAGCCGCGAGACUAGAGAAGUCGUGUACAGCGGUGAAGGCGACGAAGGAUAUGUGGUCGAGCGAAGUUACAAGAAAUAUAGCGACGGAGAGGAAGAGCGCAAGUAUAAGAGUUACAGACGCGGGGAGGAAUCCGAAGACGAGUGUGAGGAAGAGGAAAGGAGAAAGAAGGAGAAGAAGUGGAAGAAGAAACACGAGGGUAGCGGAGAUGAGGGGAGUGGGGAUGAGUAUUAUGGAAGUGGGGAUGAGGAUGGUGGAAGGAGGUAUAGUGGGAGUGGGGAUGAGGAUGGUGGAAGAAGGAGGUAUAGUGGGAGUGGGGACGAGUAUUACUGAAAUGGGGACGGGGAUGGUGGGGAGGAGAGGGCACAGUGUGGGUGAGGGCUGGGAUGGGAGUGAAGGAGGUAUAAGAGAUAUCCUUAGGUUUUUGCUAAGUCGGUUGGUGGUACCCUGUUGGCUUUAUCGGAACGGGAUUUGAAAUGCUGGCUGUUCUUUAUUGUGAUGUGAAUUGUGGGGAGGGGAGGUGCAGGUAUCAUAAUAGACAUGUUACCGUACGA